CCCGCAGGCAGGGCUCAGCUCUGAGCGUGGCAUCCUGACUUGCCCGCUGCGAGGGGCAGGGCGCCGCAGUGCCGUAGUAGCGGGCAGCCGAGACACACCGCUCGGGAGCCGCGGGUACCGGAGCGGGCAGAGACCCCGGCACUGCCUAACCCCCACCGGGCCGCCCGAGCUCCAUCCCACUCCCCGGGAGGGCUGCGCGGGCCGCAAGACGCCCAGACGCCAGCUCGGUCCCCUUUCAGUCUCUCGGUUCAUCUUUCCUCCCAAGUAAGGGAAUAAGCCCCAAGGAAGGAGCGCUCCGGAGAACCGCGCAACAAAGUGUUGCAUGCUGAGGAAAAGCAAGGAUUUCUGAAUUUACCAUGACUACAGAUAGAAGGAUGUUGCCUUAGGAAUAGCAGAGGUCUUCUCUCAGCUGCUAAACAGUGCCCGCUGCUGCCAUAGACACUUGGGUCCUCGAGAAAUCUCCUGAAGGACUUGUCCAUCGUGUACUUGCAAUGAGCCAGGCCCUAGGCUGGGCCUUGGCUACAGCCUGGUGAACAAAACUCUCUCCCUAGCCUCAAGCGUGCACAUCCAGGAAAGAUGAGUGAAGAACGGUGGGUCUCCCUCACUCCAGAAGAAUUUGGCCAACUCCAGAAAUAUGCAGAAUAUUCUUCCAAGAAGAUAAAUGAUGUCUUGGCUGAAUUUAAUGAGGGUGGGAGCCUCAAACAAUAUGACCCACAUGAGCCUAUUAGCUAUGACGUCUUCAAGCUGUUCAUGAGGGCGUACCUGGAGGUGGACCUUCCACAGCCACUGAGCACACACCUCUUCCUGGCCUUCAGCCAGAAGCCCAGACAGGAGACCCCGGACCACCCAAAGGAGGGGGCCAGCAACAGCGAAGCCAGUGGCCCAGAUUCCAACAUACAGAAUGCAGAUAAUGCUGCCAAAGCAGACGAGGCUUGUGCCCCUGAUAUGGAAUCAAAGAUCACUGAGAAGCAAGUGCCAACUAAAGACCAAGUGUCUGCGACCCCCCUGGGAAACCAUGCUGCUCAGUCUUCAGGCUCAGAAUCCCCCAUAGUGUACCUGAAGGAUGUCAUGUGUUACCUGUCCUUGCUGGAAACGGGGAGACCUCAGGAUAAGCUAGAGUUCAUGUUUCGUCUCUAUGAUUCGGAUGAGAAUGGUCUCCUGGACCAAGCGGAGAUGGAUCGUAUUGUCAACCAGAUGCUACACAUUGCCCAGUAUCUCGAGUGGGAUCCCACGGAGCUAAGGCCUAUAUUGAAGGAGAUGUUACAAGGGAUGGACUACGACCGGGAUGGCUUGGUGUCUCUCCAGGAGUGGGUCCACGGAGGGAUGACCACCAUCCCAUUGCUGGUCCUCCUGGGCAUGGACGACUCUGGCUCCAAGGGGGACGGGAGGCACGCCUGGACCAUGAAGCAUUUCAAGAAACCAACCUACUGCAACUUCUGCCACGUCAUGCUGAUGGGCGUUCGGAAGCAAGGCCUGUGCUGCAUUUACUGUAAAUACACUGUCCAUGAACGCUGUGUAUCCAAAAACAUUCCUGGGUGUAUCAAAACGAACUCAAAAACCAAAAGGGGCGGCGAGGUGAUGCAGCACGCGUGGGUGGAAGGGAACUCCUCUGUCAAGUGUGACCGGUGCCACAAAAGUAUCAAGUGCUACCAGAGCGUCACCGCGCGGCACUGCCUGUGGUGCCGGAUGACAUUUCACCGCAAGUGUGAAUUGUCAACUUUGUGUGAUGGUGGGGAGCUCAGAGACCAUAUUUUGCUGCCCACGUCAAUAUGCCCCAUCACCCAGGACAGGCAAGAUGGGAAGUCUGAUGGUAGCAUGUCAGCCAAGGAUGAACUUGUAACGCAGUAUAAGAUCAUCCCCACCCCGGGUACCCACCCCCUGCUGGUUUUGGUGAACCCCAAGAGUGGAGGGAGACAAGGAGAAAGAAUUCUUCGGAAAUUCCACUGUCUGCUCAACCCCAAACAAGUUUUCAACCUGGACAAUGGGGGGCCUACUCCAGGACUUAACUUUUUCCGUGAUACUCCAGACUUCCGUGUUUUGGCCUGCGGAGGAGAUGGGACGGUUGGCUGGAUUUUGGAUUGCAUUGAUAAGGCCAACUUCGCAAAGCAUCCACCCGUGGCUGUCCUGCCUCUUGGAACGGGAAAUGACCUGGCCCGCUGUCUCCGCUGGGGAGGGGGUUAUGAAGGCGGCAGCCUGACAAAAAUCCUGAAGGACAUUGAGCAGAGCCCCUUGGUGAUGCUGGACCGCUGGCAUCUGGAAGUCAUCCCCAGAGAGGAGGUGGAGAAUGGGGACCAGGUCCCGUACAACAUCAUGAACAACUACUUCUCCAUCGGCGUGGAUGCUUCCAUCGCACACAGAUUCCACGUGAUGAGAGAGAAACACCCUGAAAAAUUCAACAGCAGGAUGAAGAACAAGCUGUGGUACUUUGAAUUCGGCACCUCAGAGACCUUCGCAGCCACCUGCAAGAAACUCCACGACCACAUAGAGUUGGAGUGUGACGGAGUUGGGGUGGACCUGAGCAGCAUCUUCCUUGAAGGCAUUGCUAUUCUCAACAUUCCCAGCAUGUACGGUGGCACCAAUCUCUGGGGAGAAACCAAGAAGAACCGGGCUGUGAUCCGGGAAAGCAGGAAGGUCGUCACUGACCCCAAGGAACUGAAAUUCUGCGUUCAAGGCUAAACCUGUCAAGGUCUUUGGCACUAAAGCAUGUAUCUUAUUCAAUUUAUUCAACAAGCAUUUAUUGGGAGCCUUCUAUAUGCCAAGGGCUGGGCUAGUUGCUAAGGAUUCAAAGAUAAACAAAACAAGAACACAUCCCUGCCUUCAACUCUCAGUGGGGUUGGGAGAGUGAUGCGUCCAGAAACAGUUGUCGUUGGGUGAGAUCCACUGAGCAGAGGAGCAGGAAAAAGCACACUGCCUGGAGUGUCCCGGGAGGGUAAACAGGAGUUCUCCAGGCAGAGGGAUACCUGUGCUGGGAACAGGGCCAGAUAGCGAAUGACCUUGCAUGCCUCACUAAGAACUGAGAUGUUGUCCUUGGGCGUCCAGAGGGUUUCAACAGGGAAGAUGUGCCCCUUAAAUAGGAGCGCUCGGGCUUCCCUGGUGGCGCAGUGGUUGAGAAUCUGCCUGCCAAUGCAGGGGACACGGGUUCGAGCCCUGGUCUGGGAGGAUCCCGCGUGCCGCGGAGCAACUGGGCCCGUGAGCCACAAUUACUGAGCCUGCGCAUCUGGAGCCUGUGCUCCGCAACAAGAGAGGCCGCGACAGUGAGAGGCCCGCGCGCCGUGAUGAAGAGUGGCCCCCGCUUGCCACAACUAGAGAGAAAGCCCUCCCACAGAAACGAAGACCCAACACAGCCAAAAAUAAAUAAAAUAAAUAAAUUAAAAAAAAAAAAAAAAAAUAGGAGCGCUCUGCCAGCCUUUACCUAUUGGCACUGAGCUCCACCCCCUCCUCCAGACUGCGGGAAGGUCUAAAGAAAGAAAAGCAAAAUGGGGCUGAGAUCAAAGAAGUGGGAAAAGGAACAGAGUCAGGGAAGAGUUUAAAGGAAGAAAAACAGCUGGAGCAGGAUGCCCACUUCAUCUGAAGCCCACCUGGAUUUACGGCCUUUGUGUGGAGGUGUGAAACCAUGAGGAACACUGAAGAUUGUUAAAGAUGUUUCAACCUGACUAUUAUGGUCUGGACUCUUGUACACAGCUCUAAGAAGGUAGACAGACAGAUAGACUGUUGGGAGUUGCCAGGGUGAAUGUGGCAGAAAAGAAAAGCGAACCUAAUAUGGUUUUGGAGCCCACUCUGUGCCAGGCACUUUCACAUACACCUCUGCCAUUUAAUCUCAUAACCACACUUUGAGGUCAGUAUUAUUAUUCCUAACGUCUCCUUUUCAAGUGAAGAAGCUCUGGAUCAAAGCAGUCAGGAAGUAACUUGUUUAUAUUCUUCUUCACUCCAACUCCUGCGUAUGUUUUGGACAGUUUUAUUGCCUAAGGCUCAAGUUCUCCAACUUGAUUCUGAGUGUGCCUCAGAAUCUUCCAGAGGGCUUGUUAGAACACAGACUGCCAGGCCCAACCCCCUGUGUUUCUGAUUCAGUCGAUCUGGGUGAGGCCUGAGGAUGUCCGUUUCUAACAAGUUUCCAGGUGAUGCUGAUACCACGCUCUGAGAACCGCUGGCCUAUGGGGAUGAUCUACCCAACAACCUAGCCCAGCGGUUCCCAAACUGUCUGCAUUUUGGAAUCACCUGGGGAAUCUUUAAAUCAGCUAGGCGAAUACUGAUGCCUAGCUCCCAGGCCCAUGCAUUCUUUUUUUUUUUUCUUUAAUUGAAGUGUUGUUGAUUUACAGUGUUUCAGGUGUACAGCAAAGUGAUUCUGUUAUACAUAAUAUAUACAUAUAUAUAUUCUUUUUCAGAUUCUUUUCCAUUAUAGGUUAUUACAAGAUAUUGAAUACAGUUCCCUGUGCUCUACAGUAGGAGGCCCACACAUUCUGAUUUAACUGGUAUGGGGGCAACCUGGGUAUUAUUAUUUUUACCCCCCGCCCCAGGUAAUUCUAACAUGCAGCAAAGUGGAGGAACUGCUGACCUAGCCGCACUUCUCCUUGACUCUGAUCCCUAUCACCACCCUCUCCUUCAGCUGCCCACCACUGGGGCCACAGGUAGAACUUGUCAUCCUAGUGCCACUCACAGCACACCCUCCCAAACCUUUCUCCCACCGUCUCAGAACACCUGCUCCUGGAACUCAUCAAGUCUCUCACUUGGCUUCUCCCUUUUCGCCUAGUCCAUCAUCUCCUUCCCUGUUCAACCUAGAUCCUGUGGUACAGUAAUUACUACACCCACCUCUUGCCCACAGCAACACAUCAACCACCCUGUUCUUUCUUUGACCAUAUAUGUCUACCUGGGAAAGUUUGAGGAGGAAUAUCUAAAUCACACUGCAGGCAUGGAAGUCCAGGGAGGCUUCCUGAAGUUGACGGUGCUUGAGCUGGGUUUUGAUGAACAGGUAAAAGUGGAAGAGGGCAUUUCAAGCAGGGGUACGGCAUGGGUAGAGGCAUAAAAGAGAGAAACAGUAGGGUUUAUUGGGGAGCUAAGUGUUGUUGUAUAUGUCUGGAACAGGAACUUAGCCCUACGAUGUCAGGAAAUCACAGUACAGAGGCAGCCUCUUGUCAGAUGGGGGUGGGUCUUGGGCAUCAUCAAGCCAGGGAACUUAACACCUUUACAAGUAUGAACAGCAGUUGACAGGUUUUUUAAAUGACUUUUAAAUUAUAACAGUGAUAUACACUUAUAGGACAUGCAAAACACUUAGAAAAGCAUAAAGUAGAAAAUAAUAAUCACUUUUAAUCUAAUUACCCAGAACUCACAACUCUUAAGAUUUUAGGGGAAUUUGUUCUUUUCUUCCAUGCAUGGUCUUAUAUAGUUGAGAACAUGCUGUGGAAGUAAGUUUAUAUCCUGCCUUCACACUUAAAGUUAUAACAUAUACAUAUUUAGUGUUUUUGAAAUCUGUAAACAUUUUAAUAGCAGUGUAAAAUUCUAUAGUUUGAUACCAUAUAAUUUAACUCUUCUCAUAUAGGUAGAAAUGGGGGAGGGGGAAGUUUCACUGUAAUAAAUGACGCCACAAAAUUCAUAUUUGUAUGAACUUAGAUUUUUUCAAUGGUUUCCUGUGAUCAAUAUCAAGAAAGAAAUGAAUCAACAGUGUGAAAGUUUUAGACGUUUAUUACCAAACUUCUAAAAACUUUUCUGCCAGUUUACACUCUGAUCGUAGGUAUGAAAGCGUGCACGUUUCACCUUCCCUUCCCAGUGCUUGGUGUCAUGGUUGGUGCCACUGAAGGGAUUUUGCUGUGGAGGUGACAUGAGCAGAUGUGCAUUUAUAAAAUCCCAUACUGGAGGCUGAAUCAAGUGUACCAGAUUGGAACUGCUAUCGCUGUCCUUGCUGUUCCGCCUUUGCUUCCACAUUCUCCUGUUCCCAUGUUCCCAUUCUUCCUCUUUUUUCUUUCUUGAAGGAAGUGUUUGCUGCACACAGAGCACUGCACAAGACUUUGUUACCAGGAGCAGUGCUGAAAGACCUAGCUCUGUGGUUGCAACAAGUUGGUGCCCAGCCCAGAGACCCUCUUUUUAUAGUUCUAUGGAAAAAAAAAAAAUCUCUAGAUAGUAAUUCUCAUUAGGGAGAGAUACUUUUUAUAUUUUCCAAUGACAUUGCCAAGUGAGUUUAUUGAUAAAUUAAUUUCCUUGUGCAUCCAGUGACCAUCCAGUCCUACACACGAUCAUCCUGUCCCUGGAAUGUCCUUCCUCUUUCUCCUUCUUAACCCAGCAAAUUACGUUGGCAUUCAUCCUUCAAGACCUUCCUUAAAUGUCUGUGACACUUCCUUCCAUACCUUGCCCAGUCAUAAUCGGUUACUCAGGCCUCCUCGUUCCUAUAGUUCACUGACAACAUUUUCUACACCUAACGCUUUUCCUCCCUCUUGGCCAAGAGUCCUUCAAGAGUUGAACAUUUUGCAUUCCCAGUUCUUAACACAGUGUCUGGCACUUGGUUGCCAUCAGUAACUGUUGAAUGAUUGAGUGAGUGAAUUAAUGAGUUCCUGUUUUGCUAAGGUACAUGGACAUUCCAUCUUAAAUACAAAUGAACUGAAGAAUGUAGAGACAAUAUGGAGAUGAUAUGAAUUACCAAACCACACUCUGAGUCAUUGGUACCUAAGGUAAAGCAGACACGUGGUCUAUCAGAUGUCCUGAUCCUGGAUUCUAAGUUCUGAACAUUAAAUGUUCUGUGUGCCUGGACAUCAACUUGUGCUCUGUUCUGUUUCAUUUUAACUCCAGAUUUAGUUUCUGCAUAAGUAUCUGUGUGCUAGAGGAAGUACAGGGAAUUGAGUGAUGCCAGAAUUUCCCAAAAUGUGUUCCAAAGAAAACUACCAGGGAUACCUAUAAAACUGUUUCUAGGUAUCACACAAAAGAAGAGUCUCAUGGUCCAAUAAGUUUGGGAAACAAAGUUGAAUAUAUUUCUUUACUACAGAACUUCCUGGUAGGCAUUUUAGGAAGUUGAAAGAUCAGUUAGGCAAUGGUAGAGAAACAGAAGAGCCAGCAAAUCUUCCUUCAGUAGUAAACAGGAGUCAUUCUAGCCUCUUCAUGCCGGGGAAGAUUCAGAGUACAGAUUCAAAGGCCGAAUGGUGAAAUGUAGAAGAUCCUAGCCCCUCCCCCUGCACUUAUCUCCAGAGUCCCACAUUUGUGUAAACCCCUGCCCCUACCCACCCCCCAUACUGAUGAGAUCAGCCUGCAUUAUGUCUCUUCUAGAGCCAGGAAGCAAGGUAAUGUGUGGGAAGUAAUAGCUGCAAGGUAAUGUGUGGGAAGUGAUAACAACUUUUCGAGUUAAAGCCAUUCAACAGGAAAAUUUGUUAAAAGACCAAGACAUUGUAAAAGCUGAAACACUUGAGUCUAUUAAGUCCCUUGCUUCUUAGAACAUUUUGUUACCAGGGAAUGUUUCAAGGAGGGAAAACACUGAACUAUCACAGCACUGUCAGAUACCAAAGCCUGGUACAGAGAGCAACAUUUUACAAGACAUCUGUCUCUCUGCCAACAGAGAAACUUCUACAAAGUUCUACCUCUCUUUCCUCCUCCUUUCUCCUACCCCAGUAUGACUCCCCCACUCUCCUCACCCCUAAACACACCCUACACGUCUUUCCUCCCUCCCUUUCCCUCCCCUCCCUCCUCCCCCUCCUCCUCAUUUUUCUCCUUCUCCUCCUUCUUCUUCUCUCUCUCAUUCACAACCCAUAUUGAUUUCACAGACACUGUAAAAUGACACAUUAAGCUAAAACUAUCCAAUGGUUAUUCAACACACUUUAGUAAGAAGGGAACUAAUUAAGUGACUAGAGGUUUAGACAUUUGUUGUUUACUGGAUCUAAGCUCCUUAAGAGAGCCUGGAGCGUUCUCCUAAACAAACUUUGCCCAUUCAUGGCUUCUUGUUCCAAAUCCAAAUGAGAUGGAGGGUUUAAGGAGACAGUAUCUUUUCACAGUUGUGAAAAAAGGAGUACCAGAGAAGGAGAACGGGAGUGUCAGCAGGUGUAGAGGGGAAAACCAUGGGUGUAGAGAGACUAAUGCAGUUUUUGUAUCUGUUGGCAGCUGAUGUCCAUUAGUGAUCAUUAGGUUAGACUUCAGCGAAGUUUACACAUUUGUGGUCAGCCCAAUAGUUUGUUUAACUGUCUUCAUUAGAAGUAUAUCCGUCAAGAGGGAGGAGAUGUGGGAAUAUAUGUUUAUGUACAGCUGAUUCACUUUGUUAUACAGCAGAAACUAACACACCAUUGUAAAGCCAUUAUACUCCAAUAAAGAUGUUAAAAAAGAAAAAAGAAGUAUAU